CUGAGACUUCCCCUUUUAGAUAUUUUCAGACAAGUUUUUUUAUCUCCUGUUCUUCUUUUUUCAAUUUUUUUUUGUUCUUCUUGCCGUCGUUGUAACCUUUGUUUCUCUGUAUCAUUUGCUUCAGCAUUUGUGCUCUUGUCCUUAAUCGGUGACCCUAAUCAAAGCUUAGCGAUUUAGGAAAUUCGAUCUCUCUCUUUUGCCCUAGAUUUAGAUUUUCUUUCUUCUUGGUCAUAAGUUAAUGAAUUUCCGGGUCUCCAUGCUCCUCCUCCUCCUCUGUGUGAUAGCUGGGACAUGCUUACCUUCCCGGUUGGCUUCCUCCGUUGACGUUUGCGAUCAUCAUGAUGAACUCGAGGUGUUCCGAUGCGGAAUCGAGAGAAAGUGUCCUCUUUUUCUCUAUCCCAGACCUCCUUUAGAGGUGGAUGGAGACUUGCUAGACAGACUCGUGGAUGUACAUAACCAUGGAAAUGCUUAUACUUCCAUACUAUUUUAUUCCCCUCGGUGCCCGUUCUCAAGUUUAGUACGCCCAAAGUUUGAAGCUCUGAGUUCAAUGUUUCCCCACAUAGGACACCUGGUUGUUGAGCAAUCUCAGGCUUUACCAUCGGUCUUUUCUAGGUAUGGUAUCCAUAGCUUGCCUUCAAUCCUGAUGGUGAACCAAACACUGAAGAUGCGAUACAUUGGUCCAAAGGAUCUUGCAUCCCUAAUUCAGUUUUACCAACAUACAACAGGUCUUAAACCCGUUCAGUAUGUGGAUGAAGCUGAACCUAACUUGAUCAAAUGGCUACACAACGGUUCAUCUAUCAGAGAGAUAGCAGAAAGAGAUCCAUAUUUGGUACUUGCACUGAUGUUUCUGUCUUUGAAACUGGCAAUUUUGAUCUUCCCCAUCAUGGGAGCGCGCUUGAAAACGUUAUGGGCAGCUCAUGUUCCGCAUCUGAGCUUGGGAAUACUCGGUGAGACUAGCCUGCUCUUUGGCCGUGCGCUGCACAUGAUCGAUGUGAGGAGGCUGUGGAUUAAACAGAGGCUUACCAAAACAAGGGACUUCCAAGAAAGAGCAAAGAAUGCACUUGCAUCUGUCUCGCUAGGGAAAUCUACUUCACAUUCAGCUUAAAAGGGUACUACUGAUGAGCUUAGUUUAAUUACUUUUCUUUUUGUGGACAUGUUUUUUUUUUCAACUUUGGAGUUCUUGUCUCUGUAUGUAAAUCAUGUUUUGCUUAUUUGUGAAUAUUAAUCUUCCGUUCUUGAAUAUUCUUGUUCUCGUUCCA